UGAACAUAAUUAGGAAAGUUCACAGCUGAAAACAAAUUGGUGAGGAACCAGUGACAUCAGAAGCUGACUUUAACUGAAUAUGCUCUUAGGAAGCAAAAGCAAAAACGGAAACAUUUAUUCAGGAAUUUCAGUCGGGAUGUUGGUCGGUGUCAGUUCAUCUGCCUUUCUCCCAGGUGACCAGCUCCAGUUGGCCAACAUGCUAGUGUUCAUUUUCCUGGCCGUGAGGCUAAGCUCGGAAAACGAAUCCUCUUCCCAAACAAAUGAUUGUGCAUACUUCACGCGGCAAUGCUUGACUGAUACAGACGGCUGUAAGCAGUCAUGGAGAUCAAUGGAAGACGCCUGCCUUGUCUCAGGUGACUCCUGCAAGAUAAAUAAUUCACUGCCUUGUAACCUGAGUAUCCAGUCUUUGGUGGAAAAACAUUUUCAAUUUAAAGAGUGUCUUUGUACUGAUGAUCUCCACUGUACAGUAAACAAAAUUUUUGGAAAAAAGUGCGCCAAUAAGACAGAUUCUAUAACAUGAAAAAAAGAUAAUAAAUACAAACGGAAUCUAACUACUCCUUUAUAUCGUGAUACAGGAUUCAAACAGAUGCAGUCUUGUUUGGAAGUGACAGAGGCGUGUGUAGGGGAUGUGGUUUGUAAUGCACAGUUGGCCCUUUACCUUAAAGCAUGCACAGCAAAUGGAAAUCUGUGCGAUGUGAAACACUGCCAAGCGGCCAUACGGUUCUUCUAUCAAAAUAUGCCUUUUAACACUGCCCAGAUGUUGGCUUUUUGUGACUGUGCUCAAUCUGAUAUACCCUGUCAGCAAUCCAAAGAAACUCUUCACAGCAAGCCAUGUGCACUGAACGUAGUUCCACCCCCCACUUGCCUCAGUGUAAUUCACACUUGCCGAAAUGAUGAAUUAUGCAGGACACACUACCGAACAUUCCAGACAGAAUGCUGGCCCCAUGUGGCUGGGAAGUGUCAUGAAGAUGAGACCUGCAUUAGUAUGCUGGGCAAGCAAGACCUUACUUGUUCUGGGAGUGACAGCUGCAGGGCUGCCUACCUAGGAACCUUCGGGACAGUCCUUCAAGUGCCGUGUGCUUGCAGAAGCAUCACACAGGGCGAAGAACCCUUGUGCAUGGCUUUCCAGCACCUGCUUCACAGCAAAUCAUGUUUCAAUUACCCAACUCCUAAUGUCAAAGACAUUUCCUCAUAUGAAAGAAAGCAUUCAAAAGAAAUUACCCUGACUGGAUUCAAUUCUCCCUUCAGUGGAGAACUAAUCUAUGUUGUUGUGUGCAUGGUAGUUACCAGCGGAAUUCUUUCCUUGGUGAUGCUCAAGCUAAGGAUACCUAGUAAGAAAAGAGACCCCGCGCCCAUUGAAAUAGCUGGAGCUGUCAUCAUUCAGUGAGCUGCAGCUCGCUAUCAACCACAUGUCCGCGCGGCUAACCAAUGGAAGAUUACAUUUCCAAUAAUCUGAUUUAAGAUGGAUUUGACAAUACUUAGUCAUUAUAUAUAACAAUGCCUGGUACAUUAACGUAGCAUAAGGAUCACAAAUCUGUUUUUGUUUUCUAAAAUUAUUUGAGUAAAUACUUGUAGCUGUGUCACAACUAGUUGAUAAUGUUUUCUUUAAAGGCAAUAGGUAUCAUGUAAAAUGUGACAGUUAUGCUGGAAGACUGUCAGUGCACAUAACAACUUCUAUCUUAUAGGACUCAUCAUAGUGUGCAUAUUUUCCUGAAUAAUGCUGUAGUUUCCCAUUAAGUUUGGACAUUUGCUAUUUGCAUAUUCUUAAUGUUCAAUCAUUAAACAAAUUGGUAACAUUGAACAUAUUUGGUUAGAUGACUGUUUAUAAAAGUAAAA